GCCGUCAACGCGCAUGCGCAGUCGCUCGAUUAACUCGAGCGAUUUAAAAUAUUACGCGCGGCAAACUUUUUCUUUUCGACGUUUUUGUUACGCCGACGCGGAUAUAAAUCGUCGGGUAAAAAUAUUUGUAGUGAAAAAAAAAUACAUUUAUUCGACGUUUAAAAAAAAUACAAAAAUUUGUCUGCCGACCAAUGGGGGAGCUCGGGCCGCGGUUGCUAGGCGGCAAGCGCGCGCCAGUGCGGCGCGGCCUGGCGGCAAGCGCGCGCCACGGUUGGGACGUCGUUAGCCCGCGAUAAAUCGACGCAAAACUUUACACUAAAGCGGCGAAGCAAAAGCAAUAAUAAUAAUAAGUGUCGUGAUACGCGUCGUCUGUUAGGGCAGAGCUACGCGGUCGGGAGGAGCCGCCGGCGUCGCGCGUUGCGUUGAAGCCCGUCUUGCGCGGAGGAGCCUUGCCGAGUGUGUGUGUGGGGGGCGGUAUGAGGCCUCGUGGUGUAGGCCCCAACCGACCACGCGUUAAGGAUCUCUCUCAGGUCCGGGUUCUCAUCGAUUGACAGUCAUUCUCGGCGGAUGUGCAAAUACGCACAAGACAAUCAGUUAAGCCUCUCGCGGAAAGGACUCUUGUGAAUUAUGGCUGCGCAUUUGGACAUCACAGCCAGCGAAGGCCGGGUGGUCGACUUGUCGGAUCGUGGCCUGGUCCGGUUGUCUGCGGUGUCAUUGCCCACGGACGCUUGCACGCUGGUGCUUGACAGUAAUAACUUGGCCAAACUGGACGGUGUGGAGAGCUGCAGGCACCUCAUGCAGCUGUCAGCUGCUGAGAACAGCCUAGUGCGCAUGGGAGGUGUGGCCAGGCUCAGCAGCCUCAAGCAGCUCAACCUUCCUCGCAACAGCAUCCCAGCCAUUGAGGGCCUCAAGGAUCUCUGCCAUCUGCAGUGGCUGAACCUUGCCGGCAACAGUAUCAAGACGAUAGAACACCUGAAUGGCUGCACCUCCCUGACGUACGUGGACCUAUCUGACAACAACAUCUCCCACCUGGGCGACAUGUCGAAGCUGUCCAACCUACGGACCCUUCUGCUGCACGGCAACAUGGUGACGAGCUUGCGCACUGCCCCCACGCAUCUGCCUCCACAGCUGGGCAUCCUUUCUUUGGCUGAGAAUGAAAUCACCGACCUCACCGAGAUGUCACACCUGUCAUGCCUGCGCAGCCUGGAGCAGCUGUCGGUCAUGAAAAACCCGUGCAUGCUAAGUGCACCCUCAGCGCCAGCCUGCGAUCACAGGCCCUACGUGCUCAGCUGGUGCCUGACACUGCGCGUGCUGGAUGGGCAUGUUGUCACGCAGAAGGAGAGCUUGAAGGCGGAGUGGCUGUACAGCCAGGGUCGGGGCCGUUCGUUUCGGCCGGGCCAGCACGCCCAGCUGAUUGGCUAUCUGGCACAGGUGUGCCCGCAGUCCACCUCGCCGCAGCUGAUCACCGCUGAGGAUGCCAAGCUCCAGAAGAUACUCAAACAGCAACAGCGCCACCAGAAGGAGCUGAUGGAGGAGCUAAAGCAAGAGCGGCAUCGGAGUCUCUCUUUGGAAGCUUCCCAAACACCGUCAUCCCUCAACCCUGGAGACAGCAGCAGCCUCACGUACAGCGAGCCUGCUUCCGAGACGCCAGACAGGCCCAUUAAGGUGAACUUGUGGAUGGGCGGAGGGGGUCUGCACGAGAAUGCGUCCCCAGCCCUUUCACAGCGGACGGCGGCGUCAAAGCUCGGCGUGCGCCCGGUCAUCUCCGACCUGCACCUCGAGGACGUACACUCGGAGGACGAUCGGCUGGGCUCCAGCAUGCUGUUGUCGGAGUCCACCUUUAUGAUGUGCCCCAGCUUAUUACCGUCGCCCAAGUCCGGCGAACCAGUGGGCGUCGCGUCAAACGGUGCCCGGACUCCGUUUCAACAAGCCCCGAAGCUUGAAGACAAAUCCCUGCGUCCUCGGCAGUCUCCUCAAACGGAGGUGGUCGUUCAGAAGACGUUGCCGCAUAAACGGAGGCAGUUGCCUUCGGUGCAGGGGUUGAGCGGGAAAGUAUCGGCGCCUUCGCAGGCAGGUGAGGUUUCGAGGCUCGGUAGCGAGGCAUACGGUCGACCGUUCUUGAAAGGAGCUCCGACAUUCAAGUCGUCGCUACACGAGGGAAAGAAAAUUGUGUCAACCCAGAGAGAUGUCAGCACGCCUUCUCCAUGCUUGCAAGAAGUUCACGAAGAGCACAAUGAUGAUAGUAAAUGGACACUCAAUGCUCAGGUGGAGAGUGUGUCAAGUCUCAGGUUAGCAUCGUCUGCCGCUGUUCAUCUAAUGCAGCACAGGGACACACACGAGUUGAAAGUUGGAACAAAAGCACAAAUUAACAGCCUAGGUAGCAAAGCUUUUCAGGAAACAGUGCCGCAGAAAGAUGUGGAAAAAGCAUUUCAAAAGAGAGGGGAGCACUUGAAUAGAUUCCCUAUUGCUGCAAGCUUUGCACAAUUGUCCCCUGAAGAGAAGAGUUGUGGUGAAGAGCAGCACAACAGGUCGGAUGCAUGCAAUGCCUUGCAGCGAGGAAACCACACCAGGAACAUCAACGAACCUGAAACGAAUGUCCACGGCAAGUCGCGUAGCCGAUUGCACAAUGACGAAGUGAGCCCUGCUUCCCUGCCCUGUGUUAAAGCUCUUAAUGGAGGCUCCCUUGCAGACAAUGGAUCCUCCGUUCAUAAAAAUAGUGACAAUGCUUUUUGUACGGUGCCUUCAGCAACCGUGGCAUCCAGCGUUCAGUUCUUGACACGUGCAGACAGGCAGAUGGAUUGCACAGAAGCCAACGCAGAGCACUUGGUUGGUGAAAAAUCCCCUGACCGUGGUGGUGGACAUUCACCAAGAGUGACCGACAAAAGCACAAGACGGCACAAUGUGAAGCCUGGCUUGCCAACUGAGUGUGCAGCGGGAGAGAUGGCCCCUUGCACGGGAGAAGCAUUCGAACCGAUUGGUCGUGAAAGUCCUGCGAGCCAGGAAAGCUGUUCACCCUCGGGGGGGCGUAGUAACAUCGGCGGUGGGGUGGCUGUGAAGAUAGGUAGGGAGGCAGGGCCGGUGCGAAGCUUCGGGCCGCGUGCAAGAAGCGCCGCAGUUCGCAUCCAGGCAGCGUGGCGUGGCUACCGUGCUCGCGAGCACGACGAGCGCGUGCGGGCGGCCCGUGGGGAGAUGCGACUGAGGCGCCUGCAGGAGCAUGUGGUGUACCUGGCACAGGAGCUGGAAAGGCUGAGAAGCAUGCACGAGGCGGAGAGAAGGGAGCGGCUUGUGCAAACUGAAGCUGUCAAGUAUCUGUGGAGUCAGGUGCGCACCCUACACGAGUGGAAAGAAGAGUUCACUCAGUCGAUCCGUAUGCAGUCGACGUUCGCCGGCCAAAAACCUGAAUCUCAGGAAGCCCUGCCUUUAGCAAAUGAGCGGUCUGCACAAGGCACCGCCGACAAGGAGAGUGCAGCGUCUGUUGAAAGCGAAGCUUCUGACUCCGACAGCUCGGAUGACAGCGAUUCCAGUGGCUGGUCGGAGGGAAGACCGGAGGACACCCCAAGCCACGCUCCUCAUGGUGUGGCAGUCCAGAGCUCCCCCAGUGAUGGGGAGCCCAGUCUCACUCAAGAGUACCUUCAUUCGGUGCAGCUGAUGGUGGAGGAGGAGGAGAAGGAGGAAAUGGUGCCAGAGCCCGAAGGAUCGGUCAAUUGCACCCUCAACUAUGAGACAUCCGUCGACCUGUCUGGGCAGCUACCUCAGGAUGAUUUGAGCGAGCGAUCGCCAGUCGGUGGUCAAACUCGCCCUGAAGCUCUCACUGCGGGCGUUCCAGCAGACACUGUGACCACGGCCCCUCCUGGUGAAGUUCUGCCAUCUGCUGAGCUGUCUGCAGAGAGCAGAUCGGCGGAUGCAGUGGCAGAAAACGGAUCGGUGGACGUCUCGGAGGCGUCUUCAGGGUUCCGAGUGCCCAGCCUUGUGCCAGACAGUGCCACGUGCGGUUGUGAAUCAGACGUCCACGCUGUAUCUGAUGAAGCAGGCCUGGAUCUUCCCAAGGCUGUACCGCCACCACCACCUCUGUCGCCGCCUGAAGUUGGCGUGCCUCCUGUUGCCGCUGGCACGGUGGGUGCAGACGACAUCUCUCUUGCUGUGGAGAAUGUGCCAGGGGGGCAAGCCCUGGGCGUUUCUGUUGAUGCAGAUGGACAGGAUAGAUUGCACCAACUCGCGCAAACAGAAACACCAGUUUCCAAGCAAGCCAUGUCGCUCUCACGAGCCUCGAGCGGGCACAGCAGUUUGGUGAGCCUGGUAUAAAACCAGCGAAGGGUUUUACAAUUUAAAUGAGUGCCUGCUACAGCUGAAAUAUAUUUUCCCUCAGAAUAAUUGCCAUUUAACAAGUGCCUUGGUUUUGCUGUCAUUAUACUAUGCUGUUUUGGAGUGCCAUCGUGUGUGCAGGCUUAUUCAAGUGUGCCGCUUUAUUUAAAUGCCUGGUUGUCCAUUGUGUUUUUUUGGGUUGCGCGUUCUCUUGUAUUGCAAGUCUGUCAUGUGGAUGUGAAUGCUGGUGUUGGUGAUGGAUGUGGGUAUUUAUGUGGAUGGGAUUGUGAAGAGUGGGAUAUUGAAGCUCGGUCAGUUUGUCACACACAUUGGCAGACUUUCCUGUAUUCAAGUCCCUUUAAAUCGUACAUCUUGAUUUUUUUUAUUGAAGGCACUUCUUUUCCCAGGAGGUAGCUUUUCCAGAAGGAAAAAAACAAGCAAUAUGUUGAAAAAUAAAUGUUUCAUUCACAUGUUCAUAUUCAAAUAUACACAUACCUUUAUGACAUUAAGCUUGUGUGCUUGCUUGACUGAUUUGUUAGGAUAUUGUUUGGCUCGUGCCAUUACAAUUGUAUAUUUGCAAUCUUGCAGUGAUUUAUGGUUGUAGUUUCAUAAAAAAAUGUACAUGCAAAUCUCAAAAACUAAAGUCUGUAAUUUAACCUGCAAUAAGGUAGCAAAACGGAAACUGCAAGUGAAGUUACAGGCAUGUCUCGCUCAACGAGCUAAAUAUGCGAACAUUGCCCGUUAAGAAAAAACUCGUUAAACAAUCGUCGUUUUCCCAUUGACUCCAAUGUUAAAAGGUGAGUUGGGUUUCAGCCCCAUAAUGUGCCACUCCUGAAUUACUUUUUUGAACGUGAGAAAUACAAAUGAUAAUUUUAAAAUAAAGUAGUAAAAACACCAACACAUGAAGAACCACAAUGGUUGCAGUUGCCUAUCCUCAGCACCUGAAAUUAAUUAGCGCUGCCACUCACCCCUUCCUGACCGAGUGCAACCGAGGCAGGCCCCCUUCCCCCACGGCGAAUCGCGCACGAUGCACAGCUGGUCCAUUGCAGGCUGCAGUGCGCCCCCUUUGCCUCCGCUCGUUGCGCGAACAUUUGCUCGCUUUGCGAACAAAUUGGUCAAUUGAAAUUGCUCGUAGUGAAUUCUUCGUAGAAAGGAUGCUCGUUAACUCGGGCACACCAAUAUUGUCUCGUGUUCUUUACCUCUGUAAUUUUGUUGGCGCCAUGAGGCAGGGCGGGCAAGCAUUUACGUACGAUUUGAAUAUCACGAUGCUUAAAUUAUUUUUAAUGCACAUUGAGUUAUACUAAUCGAUUGUAAUUAAUGAAUUGAACAAUAAUUGCAUGGCUAAACGUUGCCUUGCGCUUCAGCCCCAGAAAGUGGAUGAACUCCAAUUGACUUGGACACAGCGGUCGUCAUUGAUGGAGGCCUUGGUAAUUUGCGGGGAGAGCUGUCCAAGAGUUUGACAAAAAAUGUCUGUUUGGGCUGAUCCAUGGAUAGUUCUCGACUGCAGAUUCACCAACAGUAAAAUUGGUUCUCUCAAUGACUCCGACUUCUUUCCAUUACCCUCGAUGAAAUCUCCCUGGGGUAGACUGCUUCGUUUGAGCUGUAUUGAGGAUUCGCAUAACUUAGAACUGAAAGAACCAGAAUAAGUCUACAUUAUAGACUGCCAGUACGCUCACUCAGGUGAAGAACCAGGCUACAGUCUACAUUAUAGACUGCCAGUAUGCUCACCGAGGUUAAGAACUAGGCUACAGUCUACAUUAUAGACUGCCAGUACACUCACCCAGCUUAACCAUUGCUACAGUCUACAUUAUAGACUGUCAGUACACUCGCCAAGGUUAAGAACCAGGCUACAGUCUACAUUAUAGACUGCCAGUACAAUCACCCAGCUUAACCAUUGCUACAGUCUACAUUAUAGACUGCCAGUACACUCACCAAACUUAACCAGGCUACAGUCUACAUUUUGACUAGCAAUCCACUCCGAUUAAGAACCAGGCUACAGUCUACAUACCUCGUUUUUUAUUCACUUGUGACUUUACCGAAAGAACCAAAGAAUAUAAAUUCCUGCAGUCACGAAAGUUUUGAGUCAACAUUACAAUUUCUCCCAAUGUGUUUUUGUCCAAUUGGAGAAUAUUUGGUCCACAGAUAUCAAUCUGUCGAAUUGCCCCGGUGUUUACAGGCUUUGAUGAAAGCAUUUAAAAAUUGGGGCAAUGGCUUACAGGUGGCUUAUUUCGCUAUUCGCGCUUUUGUCAAUGCCACAUUUUUCAGCAAACAAGAACACAGACAUUGAACAUUGCGAGUACCCUACGAAAGCUAUUAAAAAAAAUCGGUGUUUUGAUGUUGUGUAGGUCACAUUUAUGAACCUGCAAUAACUAGUUCUUCAGUGAACCUUCCAUAAUAUGCACUUCAUAAUUUUAGUUUGCAGUUAAAAAAUGUGUUGGCCUGCUGUAAGGCAGAUUGACAUUAGCAAACAACUGGGAGCUCAACACAGUAUGUGUGCUAGUUACGGAACGCAGUCUACCUCUGGAUAAUCGGAGCCACAACUGCUGUAAGGUCGUGUUAAAUAUGAACUUGAUAAAAACCACACUUGAUAGACAUUACAGUUGUUUAAUCGUUGACAAACCAUUGUGGCUUUAAAAAAGCACUUAGGGCAGUGUGACCAGAUACAUGCAGAUGGUGUGCAAUGGAGAAACAAGGUGCUCUGACACCACGUUCCUUAUUUUCAAGUUUAUGCCUCGUGUUUACUGUGCAAGCGAAAAUGAUUCCGGUCCGAGUGUUUUUUUGCAAAUGAGCUGCUGGAGAUGUUCACUGCAAGAGUUGAUAACAGGAAGCACAUGUGGUUGACAUUUACUGGGACAUUUGCAAACUAUGAGUGGUUGCAUCUUCUGUUGCGAACUGCUAUUCGUUCCUGCAUUUUUCUCCAAGCCGCACAAGUCAAUGAUUUGAAUCAUACAUUCGCUCUAAGCUGUAAGUCAUUGAUUUGAAUUGUACAUUCAAAACGAGAGGAGCAUUUGUAGUUCUGUAGUGUAUACGCACUUGUGAGCAUGCAAUCUUUUUCGAGACCACGAUCCUUUUUUUCUUGGACUUUUUUAAAAGGCACUGAUCGCUUAGUGGCAUCAGCCUGACGUAGAAAACUAUCUGCCAGAAAAAUAAUGCAUUUUUAGAUGGGAAUUCAAGCGUUCAGUAAGGGGCAUUGGUUUGAAUUCUAUGCUGGACCAUGAUGUGCCUUGAAAUUGUUGUGCUGUGCGUUUGGCUCACGACAGCUGUGCACCGUGACGUUGAGCUUCUAAUAAAAUUGACUGUCAUUGCACAGUGUGGUGCUUUUCAAGCACUUCAAAUA